UUCUUUGACGUUUCUUCUUUUCGCACGUGUUCUAUCAUCACUUGCUGCAUUGCGCGUAAUUUGUGAAUUUUUUAUUAUUGAUUUCCCUGUAAAGUGUGUUAAAAAUGUCUAAAUUUAAUAUUACAAAAGAUGAAGAGGACAUCCUACUGUCCCAGGAAAAUGUGAGAGUCACAAGAUCAACAGCCAGGAGGUUGGGAUCCGUGGAAAGGGACGUCCAAGGGACCCCAAAAAGAUCACAAUCCAUGCAGUCUCUCGAUGUAAUCUCCGAAGAUGGCUCACCGCCGAAAGAGAAAUCCACAAGGGGGGCGAAAAAAGCAUUGCAGCUGUCACCCAUCCGGGAGAAAGCAGACUCUCGCACCGCAACCCCCACAAGACGGACCCGGAAAACGUCGGCUUUGUUGGAUUCACCUCAACCACAAAGUCGUCGUUCAUCCAGACGUCUUUCAGCAUUGGGUCAGAGUGUGGAGGACGUCUCUGUGGCACAGAAUGGGCAUACCACACGUGAGGUCACCUUCAAUGAAUCCCCGGAACAGGAGAAACAGCACCAAACGUUCCCGAAAACCCCAAAAGCAUCAAAAAUCAAGGAGACGCUAUCGAAAAGAAUUCAGCGAGGUAUUCACCCGGAUAAACAGCCUGUGGUGGUAUUAAUUCGUCUAACGCCGUCAAUGCUUUCAGAUGAGUUGAUCCAAAAAAUGCAGGACAAUCUGGGCGAGAAAGCUACUGCAGAAGAUGAGGCUAAAGAAGAUGAAACAGCCACUACUAAAGAAGAAGAAGAAGAGCAACUGAACAAGAGCACUAUGGAGGAACACAACAAGAGUGCUGGAAGUAUUGACUCUUCAGACACAAAGGAGUUUGAAGACACCGUAAAAUAUCCCACCAGCUGGACAACGUCUGUGUCAAGGAAAAGUUCAGAUGCGCCAAUUGAUGCUUUCGGUGUUCGUGGACCCAGUGAAGAUGAAGAGGAGGAGCAAAAGCAAAAAAUACAAAAGGAUAAAUUGAAGAAAAAGAAUGAGAAAUUGGUGGCCAUUAAAGAUUCCGAUGAAGAUGACGAAGAAGAGGAGGAGGAAGAAAAAUGCGAAUUUGUCGAUGAUGAAGCAAUGGAAGCGUCAGACGGUGAAGAUUCAAUGGAUCCUGAGGAGCGAGAAUACCUUGAGCAGAAUGAAAUUCCAGAGGGGGGAGAGGAAAUUGGGUCAGAAGAUACAUACAGCGAAAAUGGUGGAGAUGAGGAGGAAGCAGAAGAAAAUGAUGAUUUUAUUGUUUUCUCUGACAAAGAGGUUACGUCAGAUGAACAGGACUCUCUGGAUGAACUCGAGGAGAAAGCAGAAUCGGUGAAAAAGGCCCGGAAGAGAAUUGUGGAGCCUGAAGAAAGUACCGAUGACGAAGUUCCGGAAGCAGUUUCAGAAACAGUUGAAUUUUAUAAAUCCACAUCACUGACUAAAUUCUCCGGUAUGACUUUGUCCAAAUUGCUUGAGAAUCCGAAGACACCAGUAAUUGAUCACGAUGUAACAAUGAUUUCACUCGCCUCCACCGAUGGGAAGAAGAAGAAAACACCGAGAAAAUCUGAGUGUAAACCUCGCAGUCUUGAGGAAGAUCUUGCUGAUGGUGAAUGUGAAAAUCCAAAGGAAAAAUCUAUGAUUGUGGAGGAAACUUCCUCUCCUGGUGUGGAAAAGAAGAAAACACCACAAAAAUCUAUGGAUCUUCUCAACAUUUCUCGUGAAAAAUCUCCCAAGGAAAAGCUAGUUGAAGUGGAAAGUUCAAAGAAAGUCGUUGAAACUGAAUCACAGGAAGAAGAGAUGGAAGAAGAAUCUUCACCUGUAAAAGAAAUUAAGAGCAAAACUCCAGUGAAAGAUGUUAAGGGGAAAUCUUCUACUGCGAAAGAAGUUGAGGUAAAAUCUCCUUCCGUGAAAGAAAUUGAGGAAAAGACAGCAGAAGAGAAAGAAGAGGAUUCUCCACCUGAGGAAUAUUUCGAUGCUGAGGAAUCAGAUACAGAUCAGGAGGAGGAUGCUCAUAAAGCAGAAUCAACUGAUUCUAGUGAUGAUGAAGACUCAGAAGAAGAUGGCGAUGUAGAUGAAGAUGAAGAGGAUGAUAAAACGGACGAAGAGCAGCAAACAAAUAUGAAAAAUUCUGGCAAUGAUAAUACCUCUGACGUCUUGGCACGGUGUAAUCAAUUUUUGAUGAAGCGCAAUGAAGAGAAAGCCGCACAGAAGCAAAUAAAUGAGGAGAAGAAGGCAAAAAGGCGAGCAGCGAAGGAGAAGAAGCAACAACGCAAGAAGGAGAUGGAAGAAAAAUUAGCCGAACAGGAAAGGAUAAAGCAGGAAUUGAAGGAGAAGAAAAUGCGCCUGAAGCAAGCUAUUCAAAAGUUGGAAACAUCUGGUAAAGAUCAUCAACAAGCGGACAAGUCCAAGAAGCCUCAGCACGAUCAAAUCUCUUCUGAAGAAUCUAUUCAAGUAGAGAAAUCCAAGAAGAAGAAGAAGGAGAAAACAGAAGAAGCCUCAGCUGGAGUACUUCCUCAGCCAGAGAAAGUCAAAAAGAAGAAAAAGUUCUCCAACGAGCGAUCUACCAAUGAAGAUACUCACUUGCAAGAACCGCCAAAAAAGAAGAAGAAGCAAAAGCAGGCUGUUGUGGUUGAAGAAAAUCCUCCCCCAGAGACUCAAAUGCUGAAAAAGAAAAAGGUCAAACCCCAAGAGAAAGAACCAGAUGUUGAGCCAGCGCAUGAAGCGGAAGUACCGAAAGUGAAGAAGCAGAAGAAACGCCAACAUGAGGAGAUUCAGGAAGUGCAAAUUGUGUCAGAAAAGAAGAAGCGUUCCAAUGAUCAGCCAAAGCGUCUUCCCCUAAGUCUCCACAACCAACCAUCGACAUCAGGGGCCUCUACUUCAGCCAAAAGGAAGCGCACAGGGGAGGAUGGUGAUGAGAAUCCUACCGUGAAAAGGAGGAGUAUUGAGCCUCCAAAAACUCUCGAGACAAAAGUGGGAACUUUCCUUGUAACUGAUAAAGACUCCCGCUUAAGUGCCUUUAGCCAACUUGAUCUCAUCCGGAAGGCAAGGGUCACAAAGCAAUUUAAACGGGAACGAAAGAUGAAGAAGAAAAAGAAGGAAAUUCCUGAGCCUUCUCUGGUCUUCCCACAAGUUUACUGGCCAAAUAUUGGCACGUUCACCGUGUGUGAUUUUCGGCCAGAUACAAAAGUCCUGACUGGCGGAGGGAACCAGGAAUUUGUUGUUAAAACACUGGAGACGAAGAAGAAUAAGAACAAGAAGGCAUCAGCAACCACUGUUGAACCAUCCGUGGCUGGGAAUGCAGCGAUGAAUUUCAAGGAGUCGAAAUUAUAUGGAACUGGAACUUCUCGUGAAUCCUCGAAGGACCUCAUACACCGCAAGAUAAAGAAAUGUACAAGAAAUUAAAGAAAUAAUCUUUGUUUUGUGAAAAUUUAUUAACUUUAUUAUAAGGAUAUGUAAUUAUAUUCCGCUUUCUUCUAA